AUGAAGAGUCAAAGAAAAGAUUCUAUUAAAUCAAUUUCACCUUCUAUUCAAUUAAAUUAUAAAAAAAUAAUAUAUAAUCAAUACUUAAUACAUAAUAAUCAUAAAUGA